AUGGUUGCCGUGAAGGAUACAGGGAUUGGCAUUAGUGACCAAGCUCAAAAGCGGCUCUUUGAGCGCUUCAAUCAAGCAACACCUAGAACCGAUAGCGUUUACGGUGGUUCUGGUCUUGGCCUCAAUGUGAGCAGAAAGCUCUGUCACCUUCACGGUGGAGAAAUCGGCGCAAGCUCAAGGGAAGGGGAAGGGAGCACGUUUGGUUUCUUUUUCAAGGUCCGACUGGAAGUUAAGCCAUCUAGUCCCGAUCUGCCUAAUUACGACGAUUCCGAGAUUGACCAGCUAUCUGGUGGGAUCCAAGCGCUGAGCAACAAGGCCAUCGGGGUCAAUAACCGGACGCAGUCUCCUGAAAUCCCAGAGAAUCCCAUUAUCACUCACAUUCCGGAAAUCUCCCCGGGGGCUGCGAGUGACGAAAAAUACACGCAUACGUUGGAACUAGCCCACCAAGUUAAUCUUGACGAGCCUUCCGCGAGCGAGCACCAAAUCUUACACCCUAAUCUCGAUGACGACGGAGCCUCAAAAAGCCCCGAAGUGUCCGGCACAAUUGGUGUGAAAUCUGAUACAAAAAUGCGGCAUAUUCUCGUGGUGGAAGAUAAUAUAAUCAAUCGACAAAUCGUUUCUCGGAAGCUGCAAUCCUUGGGAUUCCAUAUCUCGGAGGCGACGAACGGCCAAGAGGCCUUGGAUGCUGUCCGACGUGAGGAGUUUGACUGCAUCCUCAUGGACCAAGAAAUGCCAGUCAUGGAUGGAAUGUCCGCAACUAUGGCAAUCCGCAAUAUUAGUCGCGACUGUGCAUCGAAUAUCCCUAUUCUUGGGGUCACUGCAAAUGUGAGGGCGACUCAGCAAAUAGAGAUGUUAGAUGCUGGUAUGGACGAUAUUAUCCAUAAGCCAUAUCGAACCAAUGACUUGUUUGAGAAGAUAAAUCAACUGUUAAUACUCAGGCCGAAGAAAUGA